CCCCUCCCUUUUAGGGAAGCAAUAGGUCUUCCACGCGCUUUCCUCAUCGCCAUACGCGAUCCUUCUCUAUAUAUCUACUGCAAAACGCGGCGCUGCUCCUCCUCCUCCGCCCCCCUUUCGAUUCCUCUCUGUUCUAACGCGAUCCAAUACCCUUCUCUCUCGAGCGAGCUAUGAGUUCGGCGAGCGAUCCCAAACCGGUUGUCACCGGCUAUCCCGCCGCACACCCGCCACCCGCAGGUGGCGCCGCCUACGCCGCCGCCGGCACCGCCUAUCCCUACUCCACCCAACCGCCUCCCUCCAGCGGCGCUGCCUACCCCACCGCUGGCACCGCCUACCCCUACCCCGCACCGCCGCCCCACGCCGCCCCCUACUAUCCUUCCCACUACCCCAACGGGGCGGCACCGCCACCGCCCCCCUUCGGCGCCCGUAUCCUCCCCCACACCCGCUUCCUCCGCCGCCUCCUCGCCAUCGCCGUCGCCUUCUUCCUCCUCAUGGGCCUCGCUACCCUCAUCAUCUGGCUGGUCCUCCGCCCCCGCCUCCCCGCCUUCGCUGUCUCCUCCGCCUCAGUCUCCGCCUUCAAUUUCUCUGCCCCCCAGCAGCUUCUCUCCUCCGACUUCGACAUCUCUCUCUCCGUCCAGAACCCUAACCACAAGAUGGGCAUCUACUACGAUAGCGUCGAAGCUGCCGUCUUAUACGGAUCCGACAACAUCGCCGAUACCUCGCUUCCGCCGUUUUACCAGGCCAAAGGGAACGCCACCACCGUCCGGGCGCACCUCGUUGCUGCGGCGGAGUAUGUCGAGGACGACGUCGCUAAGGGGAUCGCCGCCGAUCGAGGCCGCAACGAUGGCGUCGUCAACUUCCAUGUUAGCGUUUGGGCCUGGGUUAGGUUCAAUGCCGGGGCGUGGAGGACGAGGCGGCACCUGAUGAGAGUCUACUGCGAAGACGUCUCCAUCGGGUUCAAGAACGGGACGGCGACCGUCGGAUCUCUGGUGGGCUCGCCAAAGCGGUGCGAAGUUGAUCUCUGAGUACGUAUGUUGAUAUUCCCUUCCUUUCUCAAAUCAUCUUGAGAGUGGUAAUGGUAUAGGGAGUGGAAAUGAUAUUGUAAUUAUCUGUGGUGUCGAUGCUGACAGAGUCUGACAUUUGGUAUCCUUUAAACUAGAUUUUAACGUGGAUAAUGCUCACCAGGAGAUAGAUUCAAUAUGGUUAUUGGCAUGUAGGCCAUCUUGAGGACUGUUUUUUUUUUCCCUGACCCUCUUAUUUUCCUUUAAACAUUUUUCAUACGACACGUUUUCUCGUCUGUGAAUUAGUUGGUCUAGUGUGAGUGAGAUUUUAUUUUACCUUAGCAUGUCCUUGAAUCGUGCAUUUCACUCUCAUUCGUGGUUUUUGUUGUGUAUCCAUAAUUCAUAAUUGAUUGUGAUGUUUCCUAUUAAUGAGAAAGGUCAUCACUUUUGA